AUGCCAUUAGGUCCUCGAGGGUCACCACCCUCUUCUCCUAUUCCCAACAACUAUGGGGAGGGGGUCCUUUUCAUCGCCGCACGAGACGGGAAUGUAGAGAUUGUUCGGUGUAUUGUUGAUGCCGGGGACUUCGAUGUCGAAGCUUUGACCGACAUGUUACCGGAUGCAGUGAAGGGCGAUAAUCUGCUGGUAACAAAGCUGCUCAUUGACGCUGGCGCUGACGCUCGCAUUUUGGAUAACGCUGGAAGGACUCUCCUCUGGUCAGUUGAGAGUUUCGAGACCGCUGAGAUGCUAUUGAAAGAAGCCCCUGGUUUGGCCUCUAUUCUAUCUCGUGAUGGUGAAACUUGUCUGGAUUCUUUCUUUGACAGAUACGCGCUAGGGAGAUGGACCGAUGACGAGGAAAGAGCUCCGCUAGCGGCCCUGUUUAUCGAAAAUGGCUGUGAUGUCUCUUCCUGCUCAGAAGGAUCUGUACAGAGGGCACUUCAGGUCGCAGCAGUGCAUCUUGAUACAGCCAUGGUGAGAUUGAUUUUGGGACACCGAAGGGCACUAGUCUCUACGAGAGACGAGGACGAAAACACCCUUUUGCAUCUAGCUGCUUUCUAUGCUAUCGUCAAAAAGUCAUCUACCGAUAAACUGGAUAUGAUAAAGAUGCUUGUGGACUUUGGAUGUGACAUCAGCGCUGUGAACGUUGGGGGAUUAACUGUCCUGCACUGUCUAUUUCGCAUGAAUGCGACGACACAGCAGUGUCCCUACUACAUUGAUGAUUAUGACCCCGGUUAUACGAGCUUGGUGAGAUAUCUCCUUUAUGCCGGUGUCGACAUCUCGAUCCGGUCAUCCCAGCAUAGGACAGCAUUUUUCGACACCAUUUAUCAGCACAACUCAGAAGUGGCCCUUCUCCUGAUCAACGCUGGUAUUCUCCCUUUGGUCUCCACAACAGAAAUAUUAUGGGCAUUUCACACGGUUGCCCAGGACGGGCUCGCGGAAGUUCUACAGCAACUCUUGCAGACUAAGGUGGACAUCAAUCACCGCAGUGUUUCUGGGGAGACGGUGCUGCACGAAGCAGUUCGGCAAACUCUUAAUAGUUUCAAACGUAUUGAAGGACUCGUAAGGAUGGUAGGGUGCAUCUUGCUCGGCUACCCCGAUGUUUCUGUCCCGGAAGUUGGUGGGGAGCGAAGACUUAAGGCUUUAUGGGCAGAUAAAACUGGGCGUUUGGAAGUGAUAAGGCUCCUUUGCCGUCGAGGCGUGGAUGCUUCCAUCCGAAAUGAUAAUGGUUUGACAGCGUUUGACUUUGUCAAAGCAGCUGGGCCACCACUGCCUUGGGAUUCAUUGGCCAAAGAGUUGACGAAGUGGGGCCACGACGGCGAAGACUCGGGAGAGCCUCUCGUAUUGAAUUGGGCCGCUGAACAGGAGGAGGCAGACCUGAGCGGGAUUGCAGACAUGCUCGGCGAUUAG